CGUCUUCUCUGUCUUCUCCGUCUCUCAAUUGACUUCGUCCCGUUGGCUUCGUCGUCACCCUUUCUAUUUCCUUAAAGAAAUCCAUUUCCAUUUCUGAACUUCUCAACAUACCCACCUCCCGUGUCUCAUCAUCUCUGCUUGUUUCUUCUAGUUCUACCUACUCUGUCUCUGUCUCCCACCAUGGCGUCGACACCCUCCUUCAUCGCCCAGCACGGCGCCCACCGCAUCCGCACCAUCGACAUGCACACGACAGGCGAGCCCACACGCAUCAUAUACGCCGGGUACCCAGAGCUCCAAGGCGCGACGCUGCUAGCGCAACGCGCCUACGCGGCCGCCCAGCACGACGCUCUCCGGCGCGCGCUGCUGCUCGAGCCCCGCGGCCACCGCGACAUGUACGGCGCGCUGCUGCGGCCGCGCACCGAGCACACGAUCUCCGACAACGCGCACAUGGGCGUCCUCUUCCUGACCAACGCCGGCUACAGCACCAUGUGCGGGCAUGCGACGCUGGCGCUGGGCCGCAUGCUCGUCGACUGCGACGACGCGGCCAUCUUUCCUCAGCGGGGCGCGCUCGUGGUCGACGAGGCGCGCAGGGAGGUCGAGGUGCGGCUGCAUGCACCGUGUGGCGUCGUCAGGGUCACGGUGCCUGUUGUGCUUCGAGACGCGGGCGCGGACGCGGAGGGGACGGGCACGCCGAAAUGGCGCGCGGACCCAACCCGCCCGGUGUGCUACCUUUCGGUGCCGAGCUUCGCGACGGGCCUCGACGCCGCCGUCUCCGUCUCUCCGGCGCUGCGCUGGGCCGAACUCGCCGCCUCCUCAGGCAGUCCCGACGCCGCGGCAGCAGCAACAGUCACGGCAGACGUAGCCUACGGCGGGGCGUUCUACCUGCUAGUGCGGGCGUCGGCGCUGGGGUUUCCCUCGGACGCGCUGGCGACGGUGGCGCGCACGCGCGACGGGCUCGCGCGCCUCGAGGCCGCGGCUACGGCCCUCACGGCCGCGUUCAACAGGGACGAGGGCCUGCGCGCGCGCUAUCUACGGCACCCGGACAGCGGUGCCGAUAGGGGCGGCGAGGCUGCCGCGCUGGAGUUCUUGUAUGGCGUUAUUAUCACCGACGACAGCGAGGCGGGUGGCGCGGGUAAAGGGGGAGAAGGAGAGGUAGGCGAAGAGACCGGGCUCUGCGUGUUCGCGGCGCGCCAGAUCGACCGCAGCCCCACGGGCUCGGGGGUGCAGGCGCGGGUGGCAGCGGCCGUGGCGCGCGGGACGCGGCAGCUGGGGCAGCGGUGGCGGUACCAGAGCGUCGUGUCGGUGGGGGCUGGGGGCGAGGGGGCAUUUGUUGGGCGCGCGGUCGAGGAGGCCGACGAGGUCGUGGUGCAGGGACGCAAGGCGGUGCGCGUGGAGGUCGAGGGCAGGGCGUGGUAUAUGGGCGCGGCGGAGUGGGUGUUGGAGGAUGGGGAUGUGGUGGGGAGGGGGUUUGAGGUGUAG